AUGAAGACGUCCUUGUUUGCGCUCAGCCUGGCUGGUGCCGCUAGUGCGCACACGACCGUCUGGAACAUCUUGGUCGCUGGCGUGGACCAAGGUAGGGGCAACAUCCAAGGCGGAUACAUCGACUCGCCGCCCAACAACUCGCCCGUCGUCGAUGUCACAUCCAAGAACAUGGAAUGCAAUGUUCCCAACAUCAAGGCAGCCAAGGCGGUGGAUGCCAACGCUGGUGAUGAAAUUAUUGUCCAAUGGUACCACGACAACGCUUCCCCUUCCGACGACAUCGUUGCCGACUCCCACCACGGCCCCAUCAGCAUGUACACGUCGAAGGCUGGUGAUACCCUGUCAUGGGUUAAGAUUGCAGAGGAUGGUUGGGACGGCACGUCCUGGGCUGUUGACAAGCUCCGCCAGGGCACCUACACUGGAACGAAAGGACAGCACAAGUUCAAGAUCCCUAUGCUCAAGAAGGGAUCGUACGUCUUCCGUCCCGAGAUCAUCGCUCUGCACGAGGGCAACAGGGUUGGUGGUGCUCAGUUCUACAUGGAGUGUAUUCACAUCAAUGUCGGCGGAUCCGGCACUCUUGAUCUUCCCGAUGGUGUCGCCAUCCCGGGUUACGUGACCGCCAACACACCCGGUGUGCUCUUUGACAUCUACAAUGGAUUCAAGAGCUACCCAAUUCCUGGUCCCAAGCUGUGGGACGGAGCCAGCGGCUCUGGGGGUUCUAGUUCUGGCGGCUCUAGUUCUGGCGGCUCUAGCUCUGGUUCUGGCGGCUCCAGCUCUGGCUCUGGUUCUGGAGGCUCUGGUAAUGCUCCGGCACCUUCUCCUACUCCUGUCUAUGAUCCCGCUCCUGGGAACAAGCCCGCGCCCACCACCUUUUCAAUUAGCUGCAGGCCUGCUCCUACUCCAGCCGGAGGCUCAGCUCCCAAGUGGGGUCGAUGCGGUGGAAUCGGCUACACAGGCCCGACUGCGUGCUCCUCGGGCGCCCAGUGUGUCAAGCAAAACGACUGGUACUGGCAAUGCUUGUAA